AAGCCACUAGUGGUCGGUCGACUUACGGUCAACUUGAUGACGGGGCAAGCUUAAGUGCUCUUCCAGAGACACUUAGAAAGGAGUAGGAUCCUCUCCUGAAGCAACUGGUCCUCCAUUGAGAUGCGGGUUUCGACCGAGGCCACUACGGUAGUUCGAGUAAAUCAAGAACUGUUGUCUUACGUGGGCACCGAUUGAGGGCUUGUUCUAACUUUAAAUUGUAAAAGGAAUGGCUAGUUAUUUUAGUAGCAACCGACUGGGUUAUAACGUUAGCUAUCUACGUUUGUGUGUUGCUGUAGCUACCAUUAGCUAACUGGUGAGAGGUGAGUUUGUAAUGCUGUGUGUUUAUGUCUCGUACCUUGACUGUCAUCCACGUGUGGCUACUGGUUUUUAAUUAGCUCCCGGGCUAACUAGCAGUCAGCUGAUUAACUUGCUAGCUAGUGGCAGAUUAGCCUAGGCAGCCGAUAGUGGCUAAACUAGUACAGUAGCGGAUGCAAGCGAGACGUUCUCACUCUUCGCAUGUUUGUUGUUAAUUCUAGCCUCUUCGCUCCAGGAUACCUGUACACACAGCUCCUGGAGCAGAGGCAAUGCCAAUUCUAGUUUUGGGGCACGAUGACGUCAAUUCCAAACAUGGCCAGAGAUCUGUCCAUGUAACGUCAAUGUGCUAGCUACCUAAUGAACAUUUUAUUAGGCUAAAAACAAACAUGUUAUCCUUGCCUAGCUAUACGGCAUCAACUUUGCUCAAGUUGCAUUGUAUUAUGCCACGUGUUGCAUCCCCGACAUUUUCUUGCUUUAGUGUGCAUAAUCAACUAGCUUAGCUAGCAUGCAUUUGCUAACAUUUCAUCCUUCACUGUGUGUGGAUUUGAAUGACGUCUGCUGCACGUGAGCAGGUAGCUAGUUAGGAAGAUAGUUACACAAAUUGAGUGACACAUUCCAAACUAGUUUGUAGGAUCAAUGACCAGUCAUUUGUCAUGCAUGUGUAUGGAAUUUAACUUUUGAUGGCGGUUUUCUCAUCUUUUGUGGACAUGCAAGCAAAGAGUUCCCUAGUCUCACGACAUCAACUACCAACCAAUUCUCAUGAAAGAUAGAACAUAAAUAAUGCAAUCACAGUGCUUUGACAUCCAUCAAACACUGAUUUGGAUCCUGCCAUCUGAUUUCCUGCCAUCCAUCCCCUCAACUUCUUUACAGUGAUCUGCUGUGUUAACUUCAUGCUGCUUGUUUGAUAAGUAUCACCCCAUUACAUCUCAACCUCCUGCAUGACUCCUCCCCCCCAUAAUCAUCUGGCUCUCAGUCCAACUGCAUGUGUCCUCCCCUUGUCUGAACUGAGAGGGCCUCUACUAAACUGCAUGCACUCUCCCCUGAACUGAACUGAGUGGGUCUCCCCUCGGCGGGCCUGCUUUUCUGUGAGUGCUUCACUGACCAUGGGGAAGGACAGGGGGGGUAAUGCUAUGGUUCUGUCGUCGAAGAGGCCGUGCCACGGGUGGGGGGACCACGGUCGCGACCUGGAAAAGCUGCGUUCGACCCUGGAGGCAGAGAAGUGCCGUAACUAUCAGGCUCACCAGAGGUUCUCUCUGGAGCUGCGUCGGCUCCGCGAGGAGGCUGAGAGGGAGCAGCAGCGGGCCCUGAGGGAGCUGACGGCCAGGCACGAGCGACAGAAGGCCCUGGAACUCCAGCGGCUACAGGAGGUGCUGAGGAGGGAGCAGGCUGCUGAGGUGAGACACCUGCUGAGAUACAAAGGACAGGAGUUUAAGGCGGUAGGCACCGGGCUGGAGAGGGAAGCUGCCACUAGGCAGGCCAGGGAACUGCAGCGCCGGCUGGCUGAGGCCAACACAACCAUCACUAAGUCUGGGUGGAAGAGCAGGGGGAAGAACGUAGACAGAGAGCCUGGUUGUGUUUGCAGCGGUGCCAGCUGCCGUAAGCUGGAGCAGCUGCUGGUGAGUCUGCAGGUUACAGAUAGAGAUGGAGAGCAGGCUGAGUUCCUCCAGCGUCUCAGACAGGAGCUGGAACUGGAGAAAGACCUCUGCCACCUGCUUGAAGUUGACGGACAUGGACGACGACUAGGGACCAGGGAGGUGAAGGAGAGGAACCAGAGCUCCUCCAGGGCUCUCAAAACCAGGCACAGGUCUAAGAGCUGUGUCCAUCUCCUCAGCAGCAGCACCACCCAGGACCAGGAAGACCACUCCCAUCGCAGUGGGCCUCCACCACUGGCCCGCUCCAGGUCCUUUUCCCAGAGCUCCAAGAGUCCCUCAUCCCCUCCACCCAAGAAGAGAACCAGGAGAGAGCAUAUGAACGUGGCUUCAGGAAGGAACCUCAGUGCAGCUGCCCGAUGCUCCUCUCCCCUGGCUGGGGACACCUGUCGAAACACCAGCUCCCCUCAGACCACAUCCUCACCCCAUACAGGCUGGGACCUCCAGUCUAAGUCGCCUGGGUCAGACAAGUCCUCGCCCUCCAAAUACUCUGACAAGGACAACAUGGAGGACAACAUGGAGAAUGGCACUGACUAUGGGUUCUUGGUGCGUCAGAACUCUGAGCUGCUGCAAGCUCUGGAUGAGAUGGAGAAGACCUGCACCAACCUGAGAGAGGAGAAUGGCCUGCUGAGGAAGAGCAGUGUCCCAGAGACUGAGGAGAAGGUGAGGCGUCUGAGGAAGAAGAACACAGAGCUGGCUGUUAUCGCUAAGAGACUGGAGGACAGGGCACGCAAACUACAGGAGGCCAACCUCAAAGUGGUGAACGUUCCAGCUCCGGUGCGGCCGGGGGCGGUGGAGCAGUACAAGAGGGCGUUUGCCCGUCAGAGAGCCCGUGACCUGGCACAGCAUGCAGAUAUACUGCUCUACAAGGAAAAGGAGAUUGCUGCCCUUCAGCAGGAGUGUAGGCAGCUGGAGACCCGUCUGGGCACAGCCAAGGGCUGCCCUAUCCCGUCCAGCGUGGUGGAGUUUGAGAGGCUGCUGAGGGAGUCCCAGAAGGAGGUGCUGAGGCUCCAGAGGCAACUGUCAGUCUCCUCCUCCAGAGUCACCUCCUCUAAAGAAACCUCCUGCAGGGAGCACAAUGGCCACGACAGGCCCUGCACACCUGAGGAGAAGAGGAAAGAGAAUGUUGCAGCAGAGACCCCGUGUGUGGCGUUAGAUGAGGCUCCAUCCAGGUGUGAGGACACUCCCAGAGAGGAGGAGAAGUCAGGAUCGCGAGUGACCCCACCCUCACUGGGCCUCUGCCCCUCCCCCACCCCUAGCCUCUCCCACCAGGAGGAGCACACAGAGGAGCAGCGACUACAGUUGCUGGAACAGGAGCUGAGUAAGAAGAGAAAAGAAUGUGAAAACCUUGAGCAUGAAGUAAGGAAGAGACAGAAGAAAUGUCUAGAUUUGGAGAGCCUGCUUGAGGAUGAGCGGGGCAAAAAUGAACAACUAGAGGAGGAGGCGGAUCUCCUCAGGAGGAAGGCACAGCCGCUCGACCAGGCCCGGGUUGAGAAUGAGGAGCUGAGGGAAGAUCUCUCUGAAGUGACCGCUCAACGUGAUUCAGUUCUCGAGGAGAACCAGAGACUCCGUGCCAAACUGGAGAACCUAGAGCAGGUCCUAAAGCAUAUGCGAGAGGUUGCCGAGCGAAGGCAGCAGCUGGAACUAGAACAUGAGCAGGCACUGGCUAUCCUCAAGUUUAAACAGGAUGAGAUCAAACGGCUACAGCGGGCUGAGUUUUUUGCCAAGAGGGAGCAUGAGGGGGUGGUACAAUUGCUGGAGGACUUGAUCCAGCUUGUGUUGCAGAGGGAGCUGACAACUCUGGACUGCAUGCAGUCUAAGGUGCGCGAGUUGGAGGAUAAAUGUCGCAGCCAGAGUGAACAGUUCGGCCUGCUCAGCCAUGAGCUGGAGACCUUCCGACUGCAGGCCGGCAAACUGGACCUGGCCGGCUCCGCACUCCUCACUAACCAUGCCCUCUGCCAUCUGACCAACGGUGUGGGCCUCGCUGGGGAUGUGGCGGCAACUCUCCAGAUGGGGGCCACCCCUCACGCUGCGGGUCUCACACGCUCCCCCACCACCAAGCACCGUGAGCUGCCCACCAUCAGCCUGACCAAGUCCUCCAGCUCCCCCAAGUUUGUCUCUGACACCACCCACCUCUCCCCAAAGUCGGCCGAGUCCCACCACAGCCCCCAUCACAGCCCACGCAGGACCAGCCCCACGCCACACGAGGUUGACACGGCCAGUGAGGUGGAGGAGUUGGACAUUGAUGUGUCCCCAGCACCUUACACCGCUCUCAGAGGAGCCGCCAAGCUACAGGUCUUCAUCGGCAGAUACAGCUAUAACCCCUAUGAUGGUCCAAAUGAUAACCCAGAGGUGGAGCUGCCACUCACCGCGGGGGAGUACAUCUAUGUUUAUGGCGGUAUGGAUGACGACGGCUUCUAUGAAGGUGAGCUGAUGGACGGGCGGAGAGGGCUGGUCCCCUCCAACUUUGUGGAGCGCGUCUCAGAUGACGACAUGAUGAGCGCCCACGUUCCAGAGGGCACGGACAUAUCCCAUAACUCCUUGCUGGACAGCAGCCUGCACAGUGCCAGCCACCAGCACCACCUCCGCCUGGGGAGCCCAGGUACCUCUGAGAGGACCGACCCUACGUAUGCAGCCUCCAACCCAGGUCCCCUAUCCGUCUCUUUCCCCUCAGGGGAGCAGGUCCCGGCCCCCACGGACCCCUCCCUCCGACCCCUCCUCUCCCCAGCCCCCCUCACCAACGGCCUGGACCUAGACCUGGAGGUGGGGGUGGACACUGUGCCUUACCCGCGCAAGCUCACCCUCAUCAAGCAGCUGGCCAAGAGCAUCAUCAUUGGCUGGGAUGGGCCGCUGGUGCCAGCGGGCUGGGGCAAUGUGUGGAGCUACAAUGUGUACGUGGACCAGGAGCUGAGGCUCAACGUGCCCUUCGGCUCUCAGACUAAAGCUGUCCUAGAGAGACUAGACGUCAAUCUCAAGGCCUACCGAGUGUCUGUGCAGAGCCUGACUGAGCGCGGCAGCUCAGACCAGCUCCGUUGCUCCAUGCUGGUGGGCAGGGACGUAUGUGUGGCGCCCACCCAGCUCAGAGUCGACCGUGUCACCGCCACCUCGGCCAGCCUGUCGUGGCUGCCCAGCAACAGUAACUAUGUGCACAUUGUGUCCUUGAACGAGGAGGAGAUGGAGCUGGUGAAGGCUGGCAGCUACUCGCUGUGUCUCAGUAACCUUACGCCCAGCCUGCACUACACGGUCAAGGUGGAGGCUCGGCCACACCAAACCCCCUGGGAGCUUCCCCAGGAGAGGCGGGAACACAAGACCGCCACCACUACCUUUACCGUGCUGGCCGCAGGUCCCCCUGAUGCUCCUCUGGAUGUGCAGCUGGAGCAGGGGCCCUCCCCGGGAAUCGCCCUUAUCAGCUGGCUGCCUGUCACCAUCGAUGCUGCUGGGACCUCCAACGGAGUCCGCGUCACCGGAUACACCAUCUAUGCUGACAAGAAAAAGGUGUUGGAGGUGUCAUCCCCCACGGCAGGCAGUGCCCUAAUGGGCCCGUCUCAAAUCCAGUCCCUUAUGACGGCCCAACAGCUCACCGUGCGCACCAUGUCCGGCCACGGGGAAUCCACCGACUCUGUGCCAGUCAACGUGCCCGCCAAGCUAGCCGCCAUCAUGACGGACCAGGCCUCGGCUACCUCCGCCCCUUGCUCCAUGUCACCCCCCGUUCACCAGUCACCACCCUACCAGUCACCCCCUGUCCACCAGUCACCCCCCUUCUUGUCUUCAUCACCACCCGUACAACCCCAAUCCCCGUCCUAUGGGAACUCAGCUGCCAAAGUCUCCACGCUACCCUACGCCACGGCCUCACCGCCGCUAGACGCACACGCCAUGGUCCCUAACGGGGGGCUGCCCUCUGCCAACUCUCCCCAGUCCACACCCUCCACACAGAGGCCUCCUCCCCGCUCCCUGCCUCGUACGCAGAGGCCUGGGCCAACCCCUUAUUUGUGGCACAAGGCCAUUAUUCUGUCGCACCAAACUUUGUUGCGGCAUCACACAAUAGUCAAUGCAGCCUUGCCCCCCAGCCAGAGUCCAGUCCCAGGCCUAGUCCCAGCAGCCAUGGAGCAGAGCAGAGCAGCCCUGCCCCACCCCACCCCAGGACAGACACUCUCUCCAGCCCCCAAAGCCCCCUCUCCCCUGGAGUCAGAACCAGACUACUCCAUGGAGAGGUCGACCACACGCCUGGUGUCCAUGGAGGAGUUCCUCAGGCAGGAGAAGGACCCAGGCUUCAGCAGGCAGCCACAGGGUUAUGCUGUUGGCCUGGUGGAGCCUCCGUACGGUGCAACAGAGAACAGUAGGGGCUCGGACCUGUCUGAUAUCCUGGAGGAAGAGGAGGAGGACAUGUACUCAGACCCCCCUGGACCCGCCCUGGCCCGGGGAUACACCACAGGAGCCGACAGGGAGCCUGGCAGAGGCCCGUCGAUGGAGGCUAGUGCUGGGUGGAGCGGACAGGCUGAGCUCUCUCCUAAGCUGACCAGGGCAGAGGCCAGGCAGGAGCCCAAUGAGAGCAUGGAGCCUGUGCGGCCUAUAGGAGACAACGAGGUGCGUAUCUUUGUAGCGCUGUUCCCCUACGACCCGGUUAACAUGUCCCCGAACCCUGAUGCCGCUGAGGAGGAACUGCCCUUCAUAGAGGGACAGAUCAUCAAGAUCUAUGGAGAUAAAGACUCAGACGGGUUCUACCACGGCGAAUUGAACGGUCGUCACGGUUACGUACCAUGUAACAUGGUGUCUGAGAUUCAGGUGGAGGAUGAGGAGACCAGAGAGACACUCCUGCAGCAGGGCUUCCUGUCUGCCCACGCAAACAUGGAGAAGAUAGGCACUCGCUCACAUGCAAAGCUUCCGCGUCGGCCUGUCCCACCGCCGAAACCGAGACGAUCCAAGAAAGUUGAGUCUACUGCAAUGUGGGAGGAUAGCUUAGAAUCCUCCAGUCAAGAUCCCAGCCAGUCUGGUGUUGCCAUGGCGAACCCAGCAGGUCCCGUUCCUCGCAGGAUGAAGGCCAUCUUUGACUACGACCCUCGAGAGAGUUCUCCCAACGCUGACAUUGAGGCGGAGCUGACCUUCAGUGCCGGGGACGUCAUUUAUGUGUUUGGUGACAUGGACGAUGAUGGCUUCUUCUAUGGCGACCUGAAUGGACACAAAGGCCUGGUCCCGUCUAACUUCCUGCAGGCUAUGCCAGAGGCUCCUCGGAAAGCCCCACCACCUGACCCUCAGCCUCUACCUCUAGCAGAGCCCAGGAGAGAAUUACAGGUGAGCCCGAGCACCUCCAUGGAGCAGACAACACCAGAGGAGGUUCCACAUUCACCCCUACAGACAGGGCUGACUGGCCCAGUCCACACAUACAUCCACCACCUAGACCUGAAUCCAUCCUCAGCAGCAGCCAUGAUAGACCCCUCCAUGGACCCUGGCCCAGGCGCAUACUAUCCCAACCCAGCCCCAAGACAAGCCGCCCCCAGAAUUAGCACCUCUCCACCCCACGUUCCACCAGAAAGCCCCUCAAAAACAGACCAGACAGAUGCCUCCCCACCAGGCAAGAAAAAGAAAGGCUUCUUCUCCAAAGGGAAGAAGCUUUUCAAAAAGCUUGGAUCCAGCAAGAAGGAUUGAAACUUGGGACAUUUACCCCCCCUUAUUGAAAGCACUUUUACAUGUUUGUUAUCAGUCUUCGUUGUCUUAGUCUAUGUUCAUUUAGUUGGAGUGUUCUGUCACUACAGAUACACUAACUUGUCCUUGGCCGAUAUUAUACAGCUAAAUAUACCGCUUCAAUGGGCUUUCUUGAUAAUACCAGCUGUCAAUAGAGAUCAAUAGUAAUGAAUUUUUUUAAAGGCACUAACUCCACUAUGUGUAGGACAAAGCCUAUGAGGAGAUUAUUGUUUUUAAAUAAGUUUUUGUAGGGUUUUAGGAUAAAUGUUGAAAAUAGGAUCUGUGGUAAACACAGGCUUAGGAGAUCUUAUACGUUGAGAUCAUCUUCAUCAGCUAAUGUCACUUUUUGUGAACUUUCAAGCAUGUAUGUUAGGAAAAAAAAGUACAUAAAGGCUUCAUAAUUCAUAAAGGUGUGUAGCUGGGUGAGGGACAAAAAUAAAAUCUAAUCCAUUUUGAAUUCAUGCUGUAAAACAAUGUGGAUUAAGUCAAGGGGUAUGAAUAGGUUCUGAAGGCAACGUAAAUCCCUAAUAACUGACUGAUAUUAUUUCAUAGAACAGAAAGUAUAAGAUCUCCUAAGCUUGUGUUAACCUCAGACCUUAUUUUCUACAUUUAUUUAUCCCAAAACCCUGUUCUUUCCCCAUUAAUUUUCCCCAUAGGAAUGGUUGAACAAACCAAAGGUAACUAAUUUCUGUUUUUUUACGACUACAAGCUGGCGAGCUCUAUAUGUGGAGCAUAUUUUGUCUGUAUCCGAAAUGGCACCCUAUUCCCUUUAUUGUGCACUACUUUGGGAAUAGGGUGCCAUUACAAACGCAGAGAUUGUCAUAUAUAAAACGUGGCAGCAUCACUGACAGCAUGCUAAUGAGCAUGUUGAAGUAUUUAAACUCCUAACCUGUGCUGUGCUUACAGGCUGCCUCUAAAUACCCACCAAUUACCUAAUACGUGUUAACCAUUAGUGGUCCACACCACUCUGUGAGGGUUUGUACUUGACGUUCAUCUGGAAGUAAUCUCUGGAAGGAUUGGAUUUGCUUUGAGUUGAUCAGAUACAGAUGCAGAGGUGAUGUUCAAAUGCUGCUCUAGACUCUAGACUCCCCAUCGUUAGCUUUUCUAUGGUCCAACUCUAUCCGUAGUCCAACUCUAUCCGUGGUCCAACUCUGUCCGUGGUUCAACUCUGUCCGUGGUUCAACUCUGUCCGUGGUUCAACUCUGUCCGUGGUUCAACUCUGUGUGUUGUGGUCCAACUCUGUCUGUUGUGGUCCAACUCUGUCUGUUGUGGUCCAACUCUGUCCGUGGUCCAACUCUGUAUGUGGUCCAACUCUGUCAGUUACACUGAGGAUGGAAGAAAGCAUCUUUUUAUCUGUUGCCUGCUGUUUCUCAUCCCUGUCACUUUUCAGAUCGAUCUGGAAUCUAUUCUACAUAGAUGUAUUUUAAACACCAGUUUGGUCAGUGAGUCCCUCUCUGUCUCAUAUCAAAAGUAUUGUUUUUAACGCUAAUUGUACACUUUCACUCAUUAUGAGCUCACUACAGUAUAGCUGAAUGGAAGUUUAACGACUCCGUCCAUUCAUUACGAUUGACAACCAUAAAGUCAUUUAUUUUAGAUCUUUGUGUUGAAGUUGAGUAUGUUUGGUAAAUUGUGUUUUUGGUGUGAGGAAGGAUGGAUCUUAUGGCCACCUGAAUUGCGUAGACAAAGUGAGACUGACGGUGGCGAGACUGAAACCUAUCUAUGCCUUUCUGUCUAACGUUGGCGCACAGAACUCAUACUCGUGUGUGUGUGUGUGUGUGUGUGUGUGUGUGUGUGUGUGUGUGUGUGUGUGUGUGUGUGUGUGUGUGUGUGUGUGCGUGUGCGUGUGCGUGUGUGUGCGUGCAUGUCUGGGCGUGUAUGGGGUAAUUUCCUGUCACUGUACUGUCAUAGUAUAGUCCAGGGUCUGUCUUGAGUCUGUCCUUAUUCUUUCGGUGUAGAUGUUUAUUUUCCUCCAUUUUAGGAGUGUUGUAAGGACAAUGAACAUUAAAACGUUUGGAAGUGUUCAUUUUAUUCUACCAUGGUUAACAACUCAACUCAUGCACUGUAGCUGCAUUGUUUGAUCCAGCUGCUCCAUCCAGUAUAAUAUGCAGUAAUAGUUUUCUGAAGGUGUCCAAAUGACAGGCGAAGUUAGUAAAUGUAAUAAGUUGGUUUUAUUUGUGUGUUGUGUUGAAUACAGGGCUGGUGUUAAAUGUUAAUCAUUUCUCAGGUUCAACUAGUUUUAGUCACUCAGCUCUGCUCGGUUGAGCCACCUCGUCUCACUGAAAUGUGUCUGUUGAACCGCAGAGGGAGAUUCUUGCCAAAAUAUUAGGUGCUUUAUCCGUUACUAUAACGAGGAGAUACCAAGCAUGAAACACCAGGGGUGUGUUCAUUGGGGUGAAAUAGCUCAAAAUAUACAGCAUAGUAUGUUCUACCUAAUAACAGCCUAUGUGACACAUGUCUGUUCUAUAGGCCACAGUUUUAUCUGCAACUUUCUGAACAUUGCUUGCGACCCAUUGGAUUAGCCCCAGCAGAGGGCGGAGUCUAAGCACACCUGACUCCAGACGUUGGAGGAGGCAAAUCGGGUUUCUUUGAUGCUAUGAAUGUUUUGAGUUUUAUUUAUGUAUUAUUUUAAUUGUAUAGUUCUAUCAGUGUUACAAAUUAAAAGGGACCAUAACGAAUAGCAGAAAACGAGGAAACAUCGGUUGCGCUACUUUUGAGCUGGCCUUGAAUAAUCCUGGUAAGAAAGCAGAGAUGAUAUAUCAGUGCUGUACUGUACGAGUCGGGUUGUACUUUAAAGUGGCUGAACAUUUACAGUGGAUAUUUGUAUUCCUUCACAGCCUUUAAUGGACCAAUGUUCCCCUACCUACCUGCUCUAAUCUGUAGUCAGAAAGCUAGUAGCAUUCAUUGUUGUUGCAAGCUUUAGGAGCGUACUACUACUGCCCAUGUCUGUCACCACACAGGCUACAUCUACCCUGCUCCUUCUCUGCUAUCUAAAUAGGACCUUAAUCCUUAGCAAGCAUUUUGAUAUAGUUGACAUAAUAUUUAGCCUUACGAGACCUGUUUAGUCUUAAUAUGUUGUUUACACUACUUUAUUGAUUGCAUGCAUAAUAAUGUUGUUAUACCCAUAUUUGGCCUUAUUUAUUAUCGUCAUAUUUAUGUAUAGGUCUAACGUUACUUGGCAUUAUGUUUGCAAUAUUUUAGUCAUCUGAUUUGAUUAUUGAUGCAGUGGAAGCCAAGUGUGGAGUAUUAUGGAGUUAUGGAGUUUCAGGAGUCUGUGUGUGUAUGUGUAUUAUAAUUUACAGCUAGCUGUAAGUGCGGCACUAUGGGGCUUUGGACUAUAAGGUAUGAUCAUAUUUUCAUACAGAGAAUGAAACUUUUUGUUGUCUUUCCUGACCUGUAUGUAUGCUUUCUUUUGAAAACAAGGGGAAGAUUUACCUUUUGUAUCUUAAGGUUUGUAUUACCCAUUUUUGGAAAAGCUUACCUGUAAAUAUGUUUUGUUUUGAUUUUGUUAAUAUUGUUUUUCAGAUGUCUUUUUUGCAUGUGGAGGCAGUGUUGUUGAUUUGAGGAGCAAUAACUCAGAAGUAGUGCACAGAGGACUUGUUGACUUGAAAUGGUGGCGAUUUCUUUCAAUAUGGAUCUUUUUACAGGAAUAAAGUAUAUUUUCACAUAAAAA